UCACGGAUUGACAGGCGCCCGCCAUCUUUUAAAAAGCUUUCACUUAUUUUUUUAAUCGACUAUUGUGCCGUGAAUAGAGUGAUAAAAAAUUUGUUAAAAAAAGCUUUUAUUUUUAAACAGUGUUUUUUUUUUAAAAACAUUUCGAAAAAAUCAUUGCAUUUAUACAUCAGUAGUUAUAUUCAGUUAAAAGAUAAAAGAGGAUUAAAACAAAAUAGGAGUUGGUAAACAACUGUAAACUUUUGAAUUAAAAUUACAUUUUCAUAGUCAAAUAAUAAAUAAAGCAAAAUAGUUUUUUUAAAUACAAAAUAAAGGGCAAUAAAUUUUAAAAUGGCAACAAAAACGAUAUAUCGAAAACUGUCUGUGCUGACUUUGAUGGUGCUUUUGUGCGUUCAAGUUAAAGGAAAGGCCUCGGAAGAAAGUGGCGAAAUAAAGACUACUAAUAAGAAUGACGUGUCAGGACUGUUGUUUGCGGACGAGUUGAAGCAGAUCAUCGAGAGGUACAUGUUCGGAAUCUGCCCGCAGCCCUACAAGUUGCGUUGGUCGCAGAUGGUGGGCGGCAAGAAGAACGUCACGGCCAGCGGCUGCGACCUGGAUGCCGACCAGCACGACCUCGCCGCCAGGCUAGCGACGCUGGCUCUACGCGCGCACGCCGCGUCCCGCACGGACUGCACGCGGUUCGGCUCGGCGCUCGCCAACACGCUCGGCGAGCUUGCUCGCAGCGCUUCCAACAGAAACGUGCUCGCUGCUGCGGUGGCCAGCGAGAACAAGAAGCGUAAACUGUCCAAGAGCCAGAAGAAGCAGAUCGCGGCCAAGCAGCGCACCGCUCUCGCCGUCAAGAAGAAAGCCGCCGCCGUAGCGGCCGCCAACGCAGCCAAGGUCGCCAGCCCCGCCGCCUAGACCCCUCAACCACUCAUAUACCCCUUCCGGAGUUCUUCCCUAACUUAAGCUAUUAAAUUAAAUUCAAAUUAAAAA